UACACUGCCGGAAUUCUACAAGAAGAAGAAGAUGGGCCUCUGCUUAUCACUUUAUUAGUUACAUCGUGUCUAUUGUCAGAACCAUAGACAGUAAAGGUCAGAACAGACAGAAGUAACUGCAGGCCUGUGCUGAUAGCUCAGACAUAACGUUACUCAUUGUGAACUCAUGGAGGAGCUCAGUUCAGGGCUUAGAAAUGGACCCUUCUCUUCUUGAAUCUCCUCUGUCGUCCCCAGCAUCACCUGUCCCCACAGUGUUCUCUGCAUCUGGGCACACCAUUCAUCCAGUUUCCGCAUCUUCAGAGCUGAGCUCCUACCCUUCAGCAAUGACUCCACCCCCACACCUUGCCUCAAAGACAGGUCGAUCCCAGCUGAAUGCAGCCAGCAAUUCCCACACUGCCUUUCCAGAACAAUCAUCUUUUCCUCCACAGGGGGAAAUCCCAGAGGCGCUAAGCAUUGAUGAUCUUAAACAGAAGGCAAAGAAUGGGGAUGCCAAAGCACAGACAGAGAUUGGUAGAUAUUACCUGAGAUUAGCUGAGCAAGAAGACGAAGAAGUAAAUUCUGUCACCGCGGUAACAUGGCUACUCCAGGCAGCGAAAAAUGGACGGAAAGAUGCAGUGAAACUGCUACAGCGCUGCCUGCAUGACAGGAGGGGCAUCACAGCUGAGAACAGAGAGGAAGUGUGUUCCCUGGCAUGUGAAUCUCGUUUUCAGCGCAGUGUAAGGAAAGCAGCUCUGCUCAUGUACUGGACACUCAAUCCAGAGAGGAAGAAAAACAUCACUGCCUCUGAACUUCUGGAAAAUGUCAGCCAGCUCAACACUGAGACAGGGUCAACUGUAAAUAUCUUUAGAACAAAUGUUGUGUGUCCUGCUCCUCCAGAUGGUGCUCCCAGCAGCCCUCUCUCAAGCCCAGCACAGAAACAAAAAAAAAUUUUGGAGAGUUUGGUCGCAAGAGAUGGGGCUGAAUAUGUAGGUGUAGAAGAGUUUGUUGAGAAUACUAAACAAUACGCUGAGGGUAUUUCACCAACACCUGCCAUGGAAGCAGGAGGGGAUGAUGAUGAUGAUGAUGAUGAUGAAGGGCCAGUAAAGAACCCAGAUGAACUGCCUUUGCAUCAGAAGGUGUUGAAGUUUCCCUUUCAUGCAGUGUUGGAGGUGAAAGAGGUGUUGAUUGACUGGGCGUCCCGUGCGGGCAUGCAGUGGAUUAGCGCCCUCAUACCUACUCAUCACAUCAAUACCCUCAUCUUCUUCUUCAUCAUCUCAAACCUAACGCUAGAGUUCUUUGUCCUUGUCAUUCCUCUCAUUAUAUUCUACCUUUCUUUUGUGUCAAUGGUAAUCUGUACUCUCCGAGUCUUUCAGAACAGCAAGGCAUGGGAGAACUUUCGAGCGUUGACGGUCAUGUUGUCUCAUUUUGAGCCAGGCAUAGACCUUGAGCAGGCAGAGUCAAACUUCACAUGGAAUCACCUUGAGCCAUACCUCUACUUUCUCCUUUCUUCACUUUUCCUCAUCCUUUCGUUUCCCGUGGCAGACAAGUCCUGGUUGCCAUGUUCAGAACUGGCUACGGUUGCAGUCUUCUUCACUGUAAGCGGCUACUUAAGCCUGCGACCAGCAGCGCAGCAGCAUUCCAAACUUGCUCUGCUCUCCCAGGUUGCCUCUGCCAUUUCUGCAUUCAUGAAUCAGUUGCUGGGAGGCUGGGUGGGUCGAAUAGUUGGUGGCACUUGGUUCAACAUGCACUUUGGUGACUGGUUGGUACUGCAUGUGGGUGUGCCUUGUUUUCUGUAUUUCUACCUCCUGUAUUUGUGUGCCCGAAUGGCCACAACAAGUGGUGCACGUGGCACCUACUGUGUGCUGCUUCCCUACCUGGUGUGCUUCAUCUGGUGUGAACUGUCUGUCACGCUGUUGCAAGAGUCUACUGCAUUGGGGCUAAUGCGCACAGCUGUGGGCUACCUCCUUUUCUUCUUUGCUUUGCCGGUACUAUCGCUGGCUCUAGCAGCCAUAAUGCUGGUGCAGCUGGUGCAAUGGUUCCUCGCCCUGGAACUGACCAAAAUGGCUGUAACAGCAUGUGUUUGUGUGCUGCCUGUCUUGUUGCGCUGGUGGACAUGUUUUAGCUUGUCGCCUUUUGCAGUUCUGCACUUUUUGCGGCGUAGCAGCGUGGUCAAGUUGAUCCUUGUGUGGAUUUCAGCUCUGGUGCUUUUCAGCUGGUUCUACGUGUACCGUUCUGAGGGGAUGAAGGUAUACAAUUCCACCUUGACAUGGCAGGAGUACAGUGACCUGUGUGGCCCUCGUGCUUGGAAGGAGCAUAACAUGGCACACUCCCAGAUCCUCUGCAGCCACUUGGAGGGACACCGGGUGACAUGGGAGGGUCGAUUUAAGUACGUUCGCGUCACUGAGAUCGAGAAUGGAGCGCAAGCUGUCAUCAACCUUCUGCCGGUUUUUAUAGCGGACUGGGCCCGUUGUCUAUAUGGUGAGGAGUACCCUGCCUGUGAUGAGACCCAGCCAGGACCCGCUGAACCGCUGUGUCAGCUCAAGGUGCUUGCAAAGCAUAAGUGCCAUGUCAAACGUUUUGACCACUACAAGUUUGAAGUGACCAUGGGGAUGCCGCAGAAGGGGCGCAGUGGGGCACAAGAUUUUGAUGAUGCCACCAAAGACAUUGUGCUUCGGGCUAGUAGCGAAUUCAGACACGUCCUAUUGGCACUCAGCUCAGGCAGUGUGGUGGAGUUCAGCACGGUACUUGAAGGUAGACUGGGCAGCAAAUGGCCAGUGUUUGAACUCAAGGCCUUGCACUGCAAGACAUGUGCCUCACCACUUGUACCAGUACAACGACAGGUCAAGAUUGAGCAGGACUGGAGGGUUAAAGCCCGAAAUGCCUUUGCUUUUGUCUUCAAUUUCCUGUUCCACCCUCUGCUUUCAGCUGAGGUGGACAUUACAGUAGCUACUACAGAAGUGUCUGUGUGAAGCUAGUAUGCCAUUGGCAUACACUCUAGUAUUAGAAAAGAAAACUGUUGAGAUUUGAUGAAGUGCUUUUGAUAAAAGCGCUAUUAAAACGGCAAAUGCAUUGUCAUCUUGUUUUGUCUGUUUCAUGUAUGAAAGUGAAUAAUGAAGUGAGAAGAGCUUUCUGUAGCUCACUGGUUUCAAUCUUUGCUCUGGGGACCCACCGCUCUGUACAUUUUAUAUAUUUUUCUUAUCUGACACAGUCAGUUCAUUUAAUGGAGUGCUUUCCUAACAAGCUGAUGUAGGGCCUCGCUCGACAGAACUUACCAAUGACUUUAUCAAUGAACAACGUGACCGAACAAAGCUUCAUUUGACAAAGGAUUCAUUUGCUGACCCCAGAAUCCCCAGGGGCACUGGAUAGCUCCUAAUUCCAGCUGGUCAGCAUUAAGAGAAGUGGUAACGUGACUUAAGAACAGAGAAUAUCUGUUCUGAGGCCUUCCUGAUCAUGUUAAAUCUAUUGAUUCUCUCACAGAACCCUCUUGUAUUAUCGGAUGGAACAGGAAACAUUAAUUAACGGACCUAAAUGCACCAGGAUCCUCACAGACCUACCCUGAUUAGGAAUCCCUUUUUGACCCGGUCACUCGUGACUCCGGUCAAAGUUUAAACUCUAUGCUUAAGGACUCAAUCUUGAAUCUCAAAAGGGACAAUCAUUUAAAGUAUUAACUAUAUCCAGAAUAACACUUGCUAUGAUGUG